UACGUUCAAAAUGUAUCAAUCUAGCAUGCAUACACCGUUCAUAAUGUUGUCUAUUUUUGUAUUGGUAGUGGUGACAAAUGCCGAUAGACAUUUUCUAACAUCAACUUCUGAUUCUGGUGUUUGCUUUUAUGGAAAAACGGCAGAACGAGUACUUAGCAUUUUGGCAACUGGUAAAUACAGGUCUUUACUGCCUUCAGAGCACAGUGUUCGGGACUGCUCGGAUUUAGACCGCAAACGUUACAGAAGUGGAGUUUACAAAAUCUACCCGGCACGUGGCGCUGGAUUUAAGGCGUACUGUGAUAUGGAGACGGAUGGCGGGGGAUGGACGGUUUUUCAGCGAAGACAAGACGGUAAAGUAGAUUUCUACCGAGGAUGGGAAGAAUAUGCAAACGGAUUUGGUAAUCUAAAGACGGAAUUUUGGCUAGGUAAUGAUAAACUGUACAAACUUACAUCCAAAGGACAUUAUGAGCUCAGAGUCAACCUGGAGGAUUUUAAUGGUGAUCAAGCAUACGCAAAAUAUUCUACCUUCUACAUUGCCGACAGGUCAGCCAAGUACAGACUUACACUGAAUGGUUAUAGUGGAACGGCAGGUGAUUCUCUAAAGAUGCAUGAUAAACAGGCUUUCUCGACAAAAGAUAAGGAUAAUGACAUCUAUAGCAGUAAUUGUGCGGAAAGGUUUAAAGGGGGUUGGUGGUAUAACAAAUGUUAUGACAGUAAUUUGAACGGACUGUAUAUAGGAAAUAAAAAGGAUGACAACGGAUUGCUUUGGUAUAAAUGGAAAGGAGCACAGUCAAUGAAGAACACAUCAAUGAUGAUUCGUAGAGUAUGAAUGUAACACAGUCGGUUAUACUUUUGAAAAAUAAAAAUAUAGAUUACAUACUCUG